CGUGUUGUGGGAAUAGCGAGUGACAGCAACUCUACUUUCUGUGAGAGUGAGAGUUGCGCUGAAGGCAAUUGGAAACGAUUUUCUUUAUGGCUUCGAGUCAAACCCAAACAAGUGAACGGCGAUGUGUGCACGUGUGAACAUGGGCGUGAUAGUCUGCUUAGCCCUUCUAGCCGCCCACGCCCUAGUCGAGGCUAGCGGGGGCUAUGACUGCGGCUACAAGACUGUGUGGCUCGACAAGACUGAAUAUAGGCCUGUACCGCAGUACGUGGGAGGGAAAUCAGUUCGCAAUGACUACGAGCCAGUUUACUUAACUACGACAGUCCUCAACAAGCAGUCUGUGCCUUACUUCAUCACUCAGACCCAGAAUGUCCCCCAAUUCGUGACGAAGAAAGCCACUCUGCCUCAAUACAUCACCCACACCGUCAUCAACACCCACCCGAAAUACGUCACCGUCACGGAGAAGUCUUACGUCACCGUCUACGCCACAAGGACACGGAAAAUCUACGAGACAGUCUGUCCGAAGGGAUACGGACACGGCGGCGGCGGGGGAUACGGACACCACUGAGGACGGACCACGUGACUGCGGAAAAUUUCUCCGUUGUUGUUAUUGUUGUUGUUGACUUACGUAGUGUAGUAUAAUCAUUCAUACCUUAAAGAAUGUUGAUUUAUAUUGUGAUAUUGUUGUUAUUCAUGUUUAUAAAGAAUAACAGGUGAUGUAUGUAUAUUUUCUGGAAUAUAUUCUUUAUUCGAUAUAGUGAUGAUGUUACCAUUUCGUAGUUUAAAGGAAUAUUUGUUGUAUUUCAUUAUCUCUUUAUUUCGUUCAGUAUUGAGUGCUGGUUCAUUCAGAUAACUGAAAAUGAAUUAUUGUUAUAAAUGUAACAAUCAUA